UUUUGUUUCAGUCGGAUGGGCGUCACCAAUCUCCCAACAUCCAGCCGUCUCGACCCUCCCCUGAAAUCACCGCAGGUGUGGACAGUAACAUGACAGUAACACGCGGCGAGGACUCCCCCGAACGGUCGGGCGGCGCCCUCCGACGCCUGCACUACAAGGCCACGCGCAGGGCGCAUUCCGCCGCCGCCCGCCACCACAAUGCUGGUACUCCACCCAAGGUUGUCGUCAUGGGCAGCAGCACGACCUCGGACAAGACCAUCAACACGAGCACUGAUUCAGCGGCCACUGCCCUCACUUCCAUCACGGGAACAGAUGAUUCCAUGGACGCUGAGCCUGAACCUCCCGAGCUACCACACAACCCUCCAAGCCUCAUCGACGCGGAACCUAUCCAAAACCCUCCAAGCACCGCCCCGCCACAUUACCACAGACCCCAAAAUAGCUGUGACAUCGACUCCCCUGCUUACACAAAACCUCAGUCGGCCACCGAGGUCCUAGACUCCCCAAGGCCAGGCCCAGCCCGUUUCAUUUUUGACGUUCCACUUCCAGAUCCUCGAAAAGCAGAUAAAACGCGUAACAAAACCCAAGUGACACAGGUGGGUGCCUCGACAUCCGUUAAAAAUUCUUACGACCAAAAAAUAGAACCUCCCAAAAGCCCUAAAAUUACGCAGAACAAAUACGAAACGCAUUUUAAUUUUGAACCCGACCCCGCGAAGAGGAGAGGCAGUGAACCUCGCGUGAAAAAGAAAGAGAAAGAGUAUUACAAGGACGAAGUGGCCAAGUUACGGAGACAGUUGGAAGGGACGGAAGUCUUUGCGACUAGCAGAAGAAGAUCUUCGACGCACCAACAUUCUGUUCCACCGCCGUCUUCUAGGAGACAGUCCACAGCAGCCCAGGUCCACGUCACAGCCAACCCGUUGGACUCAGCAGCUACCACCAUCCCAGCCGGCAGGACCACCAUCGUAGUCCAACAACCAUCUCUGUCAUUGGACUACGGAGGGUGCUCCACGUUCCUAGUUAGAGAAGGCGAAGAUGGAAGGAGAAAAAGUAGGAUCUGCACUGAUCACCUGCAACAACUCCUUGACGUGACCAGCCAGUUCACGUCGGAAGACUUGCAUGAGUUCGACAAGAGAUACGGAAGUCCACAUCACUCGAGAUCCCAGUCAGUGAAGGCCCAAAGAUCGAGAACGGGAGAACGACAGCUCCUUGGUCUGCCACAGCAGAGAGCCAGGGUGGCUUCCAUGCCUAACACGGGAGUGGAAGAAGAAUACUACAGGCUUCGACAUUUCAGUAUAACUGGUAAGGGCGUAGUGAACCGCGGUGACUCCUUGCGCUCCCGAAGGUCUCGUUCCAACACGUCGGUGGCCUCCAGCGCUUCUAGUACCGAGGUCGCAAAACGAGCCUCAGCGCCCUGCUCCUUGGCAUCAUCCAGGGACUCAUCAGCCGGUCUCAGUUCCUACAGAGUGCUGGUGUUAGGAGGUCCUGGAGUCGGAAAGUCGAGUCUGGUGGGACAGUUCAUGACUUCGGAAUAUCUUCAUGCGUACGACACUAGCAUAGAUGACGAAUCUGGCGAGAGAUCUGUCUGCGUGCUACUUGCUGGAGAGGAAUCCGAGAUAACCUUUCUGGAUUCGCCACCAGAUCAUGUAGUGUCCGAAGGUUGUGCCCACGGGUACUGCGUGGUUUACUCCACGGCAGACAGGAGCAGUUUCGUGGAAGCUGAGAGGAGAUUGCAGGUUCUGUGGGCCGCUGGACACACCUCGCGCCGUGCUGUCAUCCUGGUCGGAAAUAAAGCAGAUCUGGCGAGAUCAAGGGUCGUACCUACUGAUGAGGGCAAGAGCUUGGCUACAUCUUACGACUGCAAGUUCAUUGAGACGUCUGUCGGUAUCAAUCACAACGUGGACGAGCUGCUGGUCGGACUCCUCACUCAGAUCCGACUCAAGCAACAGCACGCCGAGAAGGCCAAAAAACGCAGCGGCUCACGCAAGAACAGAAGCCGCGCCAGGUCUCCGAUGGAGAGCGAGCAGCCCGCGCCAGCCCCGGCCUCCUCCUCCGCGGCCAGCACGCCCAGGAAGAGGACCAGACUCUCGGCCAGUGUCAAGGUCCGAGGUCUUCUGGGGCGCGUGUGGGCGCGUGACUCCAAGUCGAAGUCGUGCGAGAACCUGCAUGUCCUCUAGCAUUCGGUCGCCGAGCCCGUCGCCUGCUUCCCGUUCUUCGACUGCGCCGCCAACUACGCCUGAGAGCACCCCCCCCCAACCAAACACUCCCCCCCCCCCGCGCUCCCCACCCGCACACUGUUGCAGCUCUCGAAAUCGAAAACGCGCAAUGGAACGCAAUAAAGUCAACGUCCUCAACGACCCCGUGUGACCAAUCCUUCGCUUUACAUUACCGGUUUACGAACUGCUAAUAAAUCGAAGCGAUAAGAUAAGUUUCUGUUUAAUCUAAUAAAAGAAAACUUUAUUUAAUUGAAUCAAUUAGAUAUUGCACGAUACCGAUUUCGACUUCGAGAACUGUUCGGUGUCUAUGUCUGCAGACGUGUAUGUAUGUAGACGAUGUAUCUAAAACAUAUUAAUGGGCAUAUAUCGCACAUACGGUGCGAUAACGUCACUUAUGCAAAUUAUAUUAUCUUAUAAUUAUAUUAUAUAAUUAUAUUAUCACUGGUGGUAGGACCUCUUGGGAGUCCGCACGGGUAGGUACCACCACCCCGCCUAUUUCCGCCGUGAAGCACUAAUGCGUUUCGGUUCGAAGGGUGGGGUAGCCGUUGUAACUAUACUGAGACCUUACAACUUAUAUCUCGAGGUGGGUGGCGCAUUUACGUUGUAGAUGUCUACGGGCUCCAGUAACCACUUAACACCAGGUGGGCUGUGAGCUCGUCCAUCCAUCUAAGCAAUAAAAAAUAAAAAUAAAAAAUAUAAUUUUUCAUGAGAAACUUUGGAAAAUUCAACAUCUUAUUACAUAAUUCUUAUAUAGUUCUGCUAAGCUAUAGAAAUAAAAUUAACUACAAACUUCAUCAGUAAAAGCAAACAUCACUCUCGUCCCAUUAAUAAUUAUUAAAAAAUGUAUUUUCUCAUACUCAGUUCAGUGUUACAAAAAUUGCUUAAGUGACCAUAUAACACCGUAUGUGAGAUAUAGCUUAUAGCAGUCCCGCUCAAACAAGCCCGCUACUACGUCGUCUGUGAAAGCUACAUAUGUAUGCGGACGCUGUGCUUUAAUGAAAUUUAAGCUGUCGUUUUGAAAGCCCAGUACUGCUCACCAUAGCGGAACAGUUAGAAUGGCAUUCAUCCAACUAAAAUUGGACUCAUAAAUCCGUAAUAAGUGUUUUUAAAUUGGACAAUUGCUUGAUACAAUACACAAAGUAUAAUGAUUACUUUGUGUAGAACGCUAACAUGUGUAUUUGGUACAGUGGUAGACCUCCAGUAGGACGCUGCAAUGGCGAGGCUCCCAACGGUAUAGCUGCAGCCCGGCGUAGGAUGCCGGGUGCGUGCCGGGCGCGACCGCUUGCAUUAAUACCUCUUUUUUCCUUGUUACAUCUGCCAGACCGCGUAAAAACGCGUCUUCCCUCAAAAAGCUCAUGACGUAAUCUGUCCAAUUUAAAAAUACACAAUAUAAUAAAGUUAUAAGUAAUUUAGACAAUCCUAACCCUAAAAUCCAGGUAGCUUGAUUUGAGAUUAAUUAACUUUCGUCCAUUGCCCUUGUAUAGUUGGAACUUGCGGUCUGAACAUUCAAAUAGGUAUAUUCGGACCGCUUAACACAAAAAAGAGGUUCUGUGAAAUUUUUUGCUCUAAAAUUAAUGGACCUUUCAGUAUUUUGUUAUUCUGGAAUAUUUUCAUGUUUAUUUCCGUAACGAAUUCUUCUUUAAGAUGCGCGUCACUUGAAUUUGUUAAUUCAACAAAAUAUUCUUUAAGCACGGGCUCAAAGAUUGAAAACCUCAUCUUAAAUGAGCUAGGUCUGUAAUGUUAAUCAGAAUAUAAUAAUAUUGAUUACCACCCUGCAAUUAAAAUUUUUAUUUAUUGAAUUAUGAAGAAUUACAAUUAAAAGCUAUUUGGAUGACCACUGGUAAGAAAAAUUUUAAUGGUACGUAAAUAAAAACUGUGCUUAAAUCGUAUAUUGUCAAAAGGGAAGAAAAUGGGUUCGGCGAAUUGUAAGCAAACCUUCACCGUGACGCCAUGACGUUAUCGUGAAGUGUGUGAAAUUAAAAUUGUAAAAUUCGUAAAAAAAAAAAUGGCGGUGUUACUCCAAUGACCGACCAUACGCCAUUUAGUAGAUAUAAUUUAUUAACCUUUUUUUUACUUUAACCAAAAUGAAUAUUUUGAGCUACUUUAUUUAGUAGCUCCUGUAGUUUUACCAACUGUCAAUGUCGUCACUGUCAUUUUUUGAUCUUCUUAUUUUAAAAAAGAUACGCAAUAACAGUUGAUCUCAAAAUAAUCUAAAUCAGUGAUUACCUGUUAUUUCACAUCUUCGAUAUUAGUUAAUACGUUUUUUUACUAGGUAUAAUAUUUGUUUAGUUGUGACAAACUAAGAGCCUCCGUCAAAUCAAAGUAUCGUAUUAAUGAAGUGAGUUGACCACGGGACUAGUGCGACGCGUCUCAAGCUUUUAGUCAAAAAGACGCACUUGCGAAUAUACAUAAUGAAAUCACUGAACUGUUUACACGUGCAGCUAAAUCGAACCUAUCAAUUGUGUAGACAGUGUCAGUGAACUACAAGCACCUCACAUCCCCCCUUCCUCCCGUUAGCUCAUCUCACCCCUGCCCUGUGUGGCAGGGUGUUUCAUGCCUGGGCAGAGGGACUCGCCCGGAGGUCCGUUCCGUAAAGGGGUACGACGACCACCAAAGACGAGUGGCUUACAGCAAUCUGGCUAUCUGAAAUGUACAUCAAGAAAAAUAUUCAUUGGUUUAAAGCAUGCCCCUGUAUUCUAAUUGUCUCCUCCCGAUCCCAAACAUUCAUCCCAGAACUCCAGCCAUGUUUUGAUGUGCCUCCUUGGUUCCAGACUUCCGCGUUUGGAUUUGAAAGAGGCUCUUACAAUGAACUUAAUUGUUUGCUAAAAAAUUUAUCGGAAUAAAACUUGAAAUCAAUAUGCUAAAGUAUUAAUGAGUAUUAAAUUAGUUAAGUUAACGAACUAUUUAGACUAGUGAAUGUAUGUGAUCCCCGAGUGUUUCCCGAGUGCUAGUGAUUAAUGUAUUCAUUACUUAUUUUGAAAGUUUAUUAUAUUAUAUAAAAGUAUUAGCAUUUACAAUGCAAUUACCAAUUAAUAACGUCACUUAUAUUCAGCAACGUUCAAUUGAUUAUGUAUUCUCAAACGAUACGAACAUUAACGGAUAGAUAUUGGUUCGUUAAUGAUAAUGAUAAUAUAGUGCCAGACCGGGUAACUGUCUGUGAGUUAAAUUUGAAAAUAACAAUACGCCGAAAAUAUGAACGUUUGUUAGACAUCCCUGAAAACAUUAUUGCGUUUGUAAACGAAAGCGAAUUUACUCUCUGCCACUAAAAUAAAACUGCUUCGUUAAGUUAUAUUUUUGAUUCUAGCCAAGAUGCUGGCCCAUAAAUAGAUUAAUGGUAAAUAACACACGCAGCCUUACGACAAACGAGGAUAUCAACAGUCGUAUCUUUGAUUUAAUGUGACAGAAUAUAAAGGAGUACCUAGUAUGAACAAAAAUUAACAGCUAAUACGUAUCUAGUAUCUGUACUUUAUUGUUGAGUGCAAUUUAAAUACUCAUAUCGAAUGGUGAAAGACUAUUUUCUUAAAGCGAAAUUUUUAUAACUUUAUAGGAGAAUCAUUUAAAGGUCAAAAUUUGGAAAAAACACUAUAACAAAAACAAACUUCUUCAGCUAUUUGAAUAGGGUAAACAUAAUUGAAUUUCAAUUAAUAACAUCGAACUGUUGAUGGUAAUCACUACAUAGUAUAAAACAAAGUCGCUUUCUCUGUCCCUAUAUCCCUAUGUAUGCUUAAAUCUUUAAAACUACGCAACGGAUUUUGAUGCGGUCUUUUUUAAUAGAUAGAGUGAUUGAAGAGGAUGGUUUAUAUGGAUAAUAACAUCCAUUAAAUAGUGGAGAAAUCAAUAAUAAAUUACAGUUUCCGAAGCGAAGCGAGGGCGGGUUCCUAGUACCAAAUAAAACGGACCUAUAAUUACAAAGAUAAAUGUCGCGUGUUAAGAGAAAUGUCGCUUAAAAUAAAUAGCCUUUUACCUUUCGAUAUAAUAACCGUACAUCAUUACGAAGCAGCCAGAAUGCUGUAAGGAAACUGCAGGAAGCGUCUCUUGACUCGCUCCGAUAGCGUGCGUGCUCCUUGCCCGCGACUACACACAUAUGACGUAGUCAACCACACACACGGUCGGCGUGUGCCACUUGUGUUUGUCCCUAGUUCUAAUACCUAAAUUAUUUGUGAUCGAUCAAGAUUCAAUUUCGGACAACACAAACCUAUUUUAUAAUUUAUAGUCUUGUUUAUAUUCCUUUGACGGAAGCGACUGUUUUAACGAUAUGAAUCACGUGUUUGAACGAUUAUCUCCUACUAAAAGUUAGAAUUUUUGUGCAGUUUCCAUUGCUUCUUUGGUUCGUAUAAUAUUAUUAUAUUAAAAUAUUGGGUCCAGAGCUCCAAAAACGAACUAGAUUUUAAGCUGUUUCGGUUAUGGGUAUUGAGUAUUUUAUAUUUGAUAUCUGUUGACACUGUCGCGUCAUGUAAAGAUAGUUCCAAGGAAGCGGUCGAGCGGUGAACUUAAAUCUAAAAUUUAUAUUAAAUUCUAUGUUGCUCAAAAAUCAUCUGUGAACGAACGCCGAUACAAAAAAUCAAAAACACAGUGUACUAGUCGGGGACGCGAGACCGCGUGGAGCGCUUCGUGAUUUGUCGGCGCCGCUCGGAGCCGCUUCGGCAAGCCAAUCGCGGCGCACUUAUUUUUUCGUUUCGUUUCAUUCCGUUUCAUAGAGUUUGAAAUCACAACGAUUCUAAUGAAGUUUCACUUCAAAAAUUCUAAGUAUCAUAAUAUAUUACUUCAAAAAUGUUUCGUUUCUUUAAAACGACUCUCAAUAUGCUUAAGAUAAUAAUACAAUUAAUUUGACGUUCCAUUAUUUAUUGAGAUAUAGCUUAUUUUGUUACAUAGUAUCGCUUACUGAAUUUAAUAUCACAAGACAAGGCCACAGCACUCGAUCUGAAGCUGUGGGAUCUUGAAGUGGAUACACGUCAGUACGGAUCUCAAAUUAACGACAUAGUUUUCUUGUGACAUUAGUGAAUUCAGUAAACGCUAAGUAUCUAUACUAAAUAAGUUAUUUUUGAUUUAAAAUAUAAAGGCGUCCCUCGUAUAACAUGAUAGUUUAAAACAUUUGUAUCGAUAUAACACGGUACACGGCUUUUUAUUAUUAUAUUAUUAUAUUUGAAGGCUUCGUAUAACACGGUUUCGAUAUAACAAAGGCUAGGCUUCGAUCUUACAUUGUAAACCUUGUUUUGUAUAACACGAUUUCGAUAUAGCACGAUACGGAUCGUGUUAUAUGAGUACGAGGGAAGCCUGUGUUUGAAAACGUCAAAUUGAUUAGCGUAAAGUCACAGCUCAGUGGCCGCUGUCUCGAUUAUAGUCGAUGUGGACGUGUCCGUUCCUGAUGUGGCCCCGGACGACCGCACUCGGAGUGCCUCAACGUUGGAAGGUUGGUUCUGUCCCUCCGUGACACCCGUUUGCCUUAUUUUUUAAUAGAAUUUCUUUUUUGAUUAGCGAGCGCGUAUCUGAUAGACGCUGGCCAUGUUUUUAAAACAUUUUAUAGAUUUACUAGUGUAACAUUAGUAUUAUUGUAUCAAUUUGAUGUUACUUUAUUGGAGUAUUAUUAAACUAGCUUGAUCCUUUAGGAUAAUCAUGAGGAGGUUAGCUUUAUAGUGUAGUAUACGUGUGUUUAUAAAGUACUCAUCGUUCGUGUUUAAUGUUUAGUACCCAGGGUCCAAUAAAAAACACCAAACUCAUCCCUCACCCUUGGACUGUCCUGGCGAAUCCCGGUCCAUCAGCAGUAGAGGCGUAGAUGAGCUUACAUUAAAUUUAGGCGAAAGAUAGUGUUUGGUCAAAAAUCAAGUUAUGGAUCCGUAAUUAUCGCAAUGAUCGCGAUCGAGCAGGGAAUCGACAAUAAGAAAUUGUGACGAAUUAAAUUCACAGAUGCGAAUUUGUUUUGCUAAUGUACAAGUCUGAUUGCAACUAGCGUUGAAAGCGAUGGCUGAUCUACUGCUGUGUCCUUCCUUUAUUAUAUCUCCAGCACACAUCCUUAUUUCUCACCCCUACCCUCCCAACUAGUCAACGUUUCAUGUUACUAUUAAUAUAGAAUAUAAUCUGGUCAUGAGUUAAAUUCAUGACAAAUAAAGAGUAAUCUCAUAGCGAAAACUGACAUACACUAGUUUAAAAAAAAAGGAAAAUCGAAUUAGUACCGUGGAACUGGCGAUGUUCAAAGCAUGAAACGCUUCAAGGAUAUUUUAUUUAAUCCCUUAUUAAACCACGCCCUACAUCCUUUAGGACCAUUAGAGCAAUAUAUAUAUUUAUAUUUUGUAAUCCAAUGUGUAGUGUAGGCAUAGUAUACCUGAUAUCAGAGUCACAAUCUCCAAGACGCAAGGUUUUAAACUGAAUGAUAGUUAAUGAUACUUGUAACGAUUGAACAUACUCACUCAGAGACCGCUCAACUCAACAUUUACGGGUCUUUGCAUUCUUCAAGGACAUCUAUGAAGGAUUUCGUUUCAAAGUCCAUUGUCUUGGCGAUUGUGAAAUUAACUUUAACAUUUUUAUAAACAUUAUGGUCGUAACGUUUGAUCUUCAAUACCGUAUCAGAGUUCUAAGGUCGGUGGUACUCAACUAAGAUCAUUGAAACAAUACAGAGAGCGGGUCGUGUUCCUGAUCACGAUGACCUUGUUCGUGAGCUACAUUGAACACUUGUUAGCCUUCGAAAGCACUUAUAUAGUGUUAAGUCGUUAUGAUAAGUUGUGGAAAGCCCGAGAAGCUACACUCAGAGGCUUUUUUUUUAUUGCCUAGAUGUGUAGACGAGCUCACAGUUCACCUGGUGUUAAGUGAUUACUGGAACCCAUAAACAUCUACAACGUAAAUGCCGCCACACACCUUGAGAUACAAAUUCUAAGGCCCCACCCUUCAAACCGAAACGCAUUACCGCUUCACGGCAGAAACAGGCGGGGCGGUAUCACCUACCCGUGCGGAAUUUCCCAUGUGAAUUCUCACAGAUGCUAAGGAGCUAGUAAGCCAUAUUACAUGUUUAAGCCUGAAGAUUCGUUAAUUCCUACAACAAUAAUUAAAAUCCCAUAGCUUCGCCCCUGGCGUUCCCUCGCCACAAAGCCCGCGCGUCAUAAGGGUCCCGAAGGCUCCAGAUUGCCAAGUAGUUAUUCAAUGCAAGGAAACUUCCAUUGCCAUUUUCAUGCCGUCUGCUUUUUAACCAAGAACCACAGCUCAUGAUCAGUCAUCGUCGAGAUGUCGCAGAUACUACCAUAAUCAGUAGAUACCUAAUUAAUUUAGACUACUAGUAUUUUAUACUACUUUUAUGGCUUAAUUUAUCGUUUAUUAUUUCUCUAAUAUUAUAAAUAAGACGGUGGUUAACAUAAAAUUCAAUAACGAAUAACCACUCUGUCAUCUGACCACAACAGCCGUAGAUGAUUAGACCCGUCGGAAAUAAUAAACACGAUAUUAAUUACCAUAUCAGAAAAAUUUAGUAAUUAUUUCCGAACCACGAGAAACCCGAAUGAAAUAAUAUACAUUUUGCACUAAUUCCUUUGCCAUAUAGUUUUAAUUGAAUACCCGACCUUAUAGCUCUGGUAAACAAAAUAAAAUUAUUUCUAUGUAUUACGACGGUGAAGCGUCUAGUGAACAGUGACCAGCACAAACUCUAUCUAUACAGUUUCAUUCUUUCUUAUCACAUACUCGACAUAGUUGAAUAAAAUGGCCGCAAUAUAUAAAGACAUUUCAUUAAAAACUUAAUCAAUAUAACUAAUAACAUAUCUAAUAUACAAUUUAUUUCUGAAAGUUAGCGCACAAAAAAUAAAUCAAAAAGAUGUAUCAACGUUUUUGCAUCUGGCAACACUGACGCCACUUAAACUAUGUUUAUUGAGUGACGAACUGUGUUUUAUGUACUUGCUUUUAAGAACUAUUUUAGUUUGAAUGCUCAGUACAGUACUUGUGAUUUUUUUAUAUCUGAACUCCAAGACGGAUUGAAAAUAAAAAAAAUCACGUUAGAAGCCUAAAAAUGACGCUCUGAGGACUCCAUGGUCAGAUUCAAAAUUAUUUUGAUACAUCGAUUCAGUGUAAUAAUACUCAAGAGAUAUAGAUGUAGAUUUUGUAUAAAUUAACCCACUGAGUUUCUCGCUGGAUCUUCUCAGUGGGUGGCGAUUCCGAUCCGGUGGAAGAUUCUGCAAAGCACUGCUCUUGCUACGGCUAGUGUUAGCUAGUUCUCCAGCAAUAAAUAACAAUAACAAUAAUCCUAUCCCACAGGAGCAUUUCAACUAAAAUGGUUUUUAAAUACUAUUAGAUAUUUAUGUAUUAUCCUUUAUUUAAAAGUCGGGGAGAGUGCCAAAUAUUUAAAGAACUCUAGAAUACGCGUAAGUUUCAAUUAUAAUUUUCAAUCACUCAUUAUAUAUAAAAAACAUAAAUGGAUAUAUAUAAUAAAUACAAAUAUAAACAUUUUGCUUAAAGUAAUUUGUAAAUUUGCUGGUGGCAGGCUGUAUUGUUAGACCGGCACGAUGCAUAUUUUUGCCACGAAGCUAAACUGCAAACUUGACACUUUAACCUCAUGUUUCAAGACGGGUAACGGCAUUCGGUUUAUAAAAAUUCUGUGGGCUCUGGUAAACAUAUACCACCGAGCGAGCCUCGAGCUUGGCCGCCCAGUUAUGCAAUAAAUCUGGAAAAAAAACAGCGGGCACUUUAUUGCACUGAUUGUAACGUAAUAAGUAAUUUUACUGAGACGAUUAAUUUAAUUGAAUGCAUUGUAAUAAUAUGAAUGAUUUUUUUUUUGCUUAGUCAGUUGGACGAGCUCACAGCCCACCUGGUGUUAAAUAGUUACUGGUGCCCAUAGACAUCUACAACGUAAAUGCGUCACCCAUCUAAUAAGUUCUAAGGUCUCAAGUAUAGUUAAAAAUAAUUGAUUCACACAUGAUUCACACUAUAAAAGUGAUUUCUUGUUAGUUUCUCCGGUUGUUUAAAUAUUUAGCACUCGCUCAACUCAACGCUGUGUGUUUAUGAGCACUCUUCUAAAUAAAAUGGUGGGUUUCUGCGUUUUCAAUGUAAUUUCAUAGUUGAGUGUGUUAUAUUAUAGCGUUAUAUCAAUUGAAUUGUAUUUGUUUGUCGUCUGAAGUGUAAUGUUUCGAGAAAUAUUAAAUGAUGUUUUAUUAAAUAAA